UUUCCGGUCAGUGUCGCGACGUUUGGUUUCUGUCAGGAUCGUGCGCGCCGCCGUUUUCUGUCAGGCGGGAGCCAGUGGUGAGACAGCCCCGGACGGAGGAGGGCGCAGUCUACCGGACAGGGGGGCAGCGGCUCUAUAGGCGGAAGGGAUAGCACGAGAGAGCGGCUCCAUGUCUCACCCCCAGGGGCAGAAGCCGGCGCAGCCCUCCAAUCAGAGCCUCACUGGCUGCCUCUAUCAAGUCGUUCAAGUGGGACUGCCCGGGUCAAACGUUCUGAAGCUUCUCCCGAUAUUAAAACCUAAGGAUAAUCCACUUCCUGCAGUGCCCUCUCCAGUAACACCCAGCGCGUCUGCACUAAAUCUACCUCAAACACUUCUAUCCUCACCACCACCAACAGUCCCCAUCAUAUCGAGGCCUAGUCCUGUCAGCGUGCCGCAUGUGCAGGCACCCGCCUUUGGGAAUUACAUUUUUGCAGCGCAGAAUAAUCUCACCAACACUCUUGAUGUUGGAAGACCAUUUUCGCUUUCUCAGGAAACAGCUUUUUUCCUUGAUAAUUCCCAGUUGAGUUUUCCAACCAAUUCUGUGCCAGGAAAUCCAACGAUCUUCAUGAUGAACAAGAAACUGGCCAGUCCUGUAAAACCCGCACCCAUGUUACCGUCUGGACAUUCCCUUCAAAUACCUGCCCAUGCUGAAGUGAGAUCCGUUCCAGCGUCUUCCCUGCCCUUCGCCAUCCAGAAGAAAAUUCUGCCCCAGAGUAGCGCCUCAGAUAUCGGCAGGAUCCCCUCAGUCAUCUACGUCUCACCGGUAAAUACGGUCAAAGCCACUAACAACCUGAGCGCCUCGCUUUAUCCCAGCCCCGUUUACUCAAGUAUAACCCCAGGAACUCAGUCCUUUCUUGUGCAGAAGCCACCAUCCAGCGGGAGUGAAGCUUCUAACGGGCCUAUGAAAUGGGUCGUCCAAGAAAACAAGGAAGCCGCCGCUUGCCUUGUUCCUGUGAAGUCCUCCAAUGAGACAGCUUCAAAAAUUCUACAGAUGCUGUCGAAGACCAAGAUGGAAGACGUGAACCUGACCAAUUCGGAUCAGUCGAAGGUCAUGCAGGUAAAUGACAACGCUCUGGUGAUGUGCAACAAUAAAAUAUUUUUAUUAACCAAAAAAGGGACGGAGCUAAUCGAUCCAGAAAGGAAAAAUCCAGAACCGCCGCAGUACUCCUUGCCGGACAAAUCGGCGCCAAAGAUCGAACCAAUGAAAGACUUCUCUAAUAGAGUGGUGCAAGUGGUACUUUCCAAAAAUAAGUCUCCCCCUCCAAGCACAGAACAGCCGGUUCAGUCCAGUGUUAUCAGUACUGCAAAACCUAAAAGGAAGAGUUCUACCCCCCAAGCUCAUAGAGGGGACCCUAAUGUCGUUCAUAUUCCUGGUGAUGAGGUCAGCCGCCGCGAAGUCUCCGUGAAGCCCCAGGAAACCUUGCGCAGUCUAUUUAAUCCAGCAGGAUCCUCCACUUUAAACACUGCUAAUAAAGGGGACUCUGGGAAGAAAACUGAUCAGCUUCUGCCCAAAUCUAAGGAUGCAGGAAUCGUUCCGAGCGCAGAGGCUUCUGAAGUGAACGGGAUGGAUGAUAGAAGCUGGAGGCUGAGGUUUGGCUUAGUGAAGAAAGAAAAGAUAAUCCUGAAGCGGAUGCCUCUGAUUGGGGCUCAGAGCACGACGCAGCCUGACUCGCGUCCUCGGCUAGCUGUCGGGAAGGACGCGGAGGAUCCUGUGAAAAUGCAAUUGAAACGAAAGUCUUCCAGCGAACAGACUGUACCCGCUUCAAAGAAGCAGAAGAGGGCAGAAGGCGGUGAUCUGCGCCCUGUAAACGUGCCUCCUGACUCUCCAUCGUCUUCUCCUGUAUUCAGCUGCUCUGCUGUAACAGGAGGAAGAAAUCCUUUUCCUGUAGCAAGAGACUUUGAAACUACCGAGACCUCAAGGUCCAUCUGGUCGCCAUCGUACUAUGGGGAAGAAGCUGCUUAUCCACCAGACAGCAAGGAUUUCCAGGUCCAUCAGGACUCUACCGAACACUUCAGUCCUGCUUCACUGCCGAGAUUUCACAUCGACUCUUUGUCCUCUAUGUAUCCUGAUGAGACCACUAAGGAUGAAAAAAUCCAGAGACUAAAGGAAGUGUUGGAGGAGCGCGAAAAGGCGCUGGAAGCUCUGCGCCACCAGAAGAACACCUAAAUGCAUUGGUUAAUAUUAAAUGUUUGUUUUCUACCAUUAAUUCAAAGACUGGUGAAGCCCAGACCCCAUACAUGGGAGCUGCACUAUUUGAUUUUGUAAUUUUAAGGCGGCCAUAGACUUGCUGUUAUUUUGUCCAGGCUGACCAUGAAUAAGCAGCUAGACCGCUAAUCUGUAGCAGCGAUACGUUUAUUUAUUUUCAGCAAGUGGAAACUUGACCCAUUAUUCAGACACCGCACAAUAUUUUGGUAUGUAGACCAUCUGACAUCGCAGGCAGGGACCAUGGUACAGUCAAAAGUGGCCAAAAGUUUUGAGACUGGCACAGAUUUGGUCUUACACAAAGUUUGCCGCUCCAGUUUUUUGGAUCUUUUUGUCAGUUGUUUCUAUGGCAUACUGAAGUACAGUUGGGGCCCAUUCACAUGGCUUUUUUUCUGGGUGGAAUUUUGUCAUGGACACUGCACCAAAAUUUGGAUGGCGACCAGUCUGCCUCCCAUUAGUUUCAGUGGGAUUCGGCGUUGCAAUUCACAGCCCAGUAGUUAAAAGCUGCGGCCACACCAAGAAGGGUCGUGCCCCUUGUCUGCACGUUGUGCGGGCAGCUGCAGAUUGAAGCCACGGAAGCUGUCUAUUCACUUCUUAGCUCCAUUCAGUGGAACUAAGCCACAAGCAGGUCCGUGGCAUCUGAAGUGAACAACAGUGUCUGAAACCACCAGGGUUUCUGCCGCGGUAUACACAGCAGAUUUUGUGUCAAAAUCCUCCUUAUGAAAUGCUUAUAAGAGGUUGUUCACAAGUUUUUAUUUUAAAGAGG